UUGAUCGGCGCAAAAUAGACGCGCGUCGAAUCCAAAAUGAAAAUACGUGGUCCAAAAAAUCGAAAACGAAAAUAGACCGUAAAUAAACAAAUAUGCGUUGAAUUAAUAGAUAAUCAAACAAACGAUACGUGUCGAUUUUAUACCGCGAAAUAUAAAAGUACUUUUAAUUGUAUAAAUCGUUGUUAUAAUUGUUAUGGGGUCGUCGAUAGUCUUACGAUCACUGUCGGUGCUCCUGGGGCUCUUCUUCAUUUUCGUAGGAUUAAUUAAAAUUUCCAGUGUGGUUUCCAAGGAUUUACAUAAAGAUUUGCGGAAGGAAUAUGUGAAGUACGCAAAAGUGUUUCCUCUAUCCGAAGCCUUAAAUUUCAAAGUGCCGUCAAAAUGGUAUCGGAGAACGGUGGGAGUGUUAGAAAUAGUUUGCGGAAUAGCAAUGGCGUUCAUACCAAAACACAAGAUUAAAAACGCCGCGAACCUCUGUCUGCUGGUUUUAACGCUAAUGGCGGUCUACUCGCACUACAUGGUAGCGGACAAGCUGGAGCGUACGGCACCCGCGUUGGUUUUCCUCUUCAUGCUAAGCGGAAGACUGGUCGUCUUUUUCCAAUUGCAAAGGAGAGAACAGCAACAAAGCGAACCGACCGUCAACGGGUUCAAACAAGAAUAGAUAAAUUUAAUAAAUUAGGUGAAUUGAUUUUGUUCGUCAUACUAAAUUUUGCACGGUCGUUUUACGUGAAAACUAGGGAUAAUAUUUUUGCACUAUCACAAUUACUUUUUGGAUCGAUGAAUUAAUAUAAAUGUGGGCAGUUGUAUUCACUGAACGGCAAUAGUUAAAUCAUAUUGAAACUUGUGUGUUCACAUUAUGGCGAAUUUUGGGGUAGAAAUUACUGAAUAAUAGGGCGCGGGUCAUUUUUUGCGGCACUAUAUUUUAGUGAAUAAAAUUAAAAAACAAAUCUUUUUAGAAUUUGGCGGAUGACGCCCAAAUAUUUAUAUCCCAGUAUCUAUCUGUUUAACUUUUAUAUCGCUCCAGUUUGGUGAAUGAAAUACGACAAACUGAUUAAUUAAAACCUUAUUUCAGAACUCCUUUUGAUUUUUUGGUACGAACUGAUGAAUGUCGUGUUUAUUCUCAGUGUCACUCAAACCCAACUUUUCUUUCGUUGAUUCUACAUACACAUAUUAGUCACGUUUCGUAUGAAGAGAUGUAACCACAGCACUUUAUUGUGAAUAAACGAAUGGUGUGAGACAGCCCAAAUUGAUUUAACGAGUUUAUGGUUUUACGGUACUCAAAUUGGCAAGUCGUAAUCGGAAAAUUAAAGUUUUCCAAAUAAAGCGUUUUUGUACCUAACCUUAUAUUCGCUUGCUGCUUGCCAUUAAAUUAAUACACCAUAUAGAUCUAUAUAGCAAUAAUUUUUUUUUUCAAGCUAAAUAUUUUAUAUUUUUUCUACACAGCAAUGUUCACGUAAGUGUUUUUUACAGAAAUUGUAAUUUAAUUUUGACUGCAGGAAGAGUUUUAAAAUGUUAUUGUUGUUGGAAUGAACGAACACGACUAUUAUGUUUUGGAGAGUAUAUGAAAUUGAAACUGUCGUACCUAUUUACAUUAUACAGGGUGGUCUCCAAUUACGUUCCGAUAUUGAUUUUGAGUAAAGAGAAGAAUCAAAGUUCAGAAAAAGUGCAGAAAAAACAUAUAUUUUAAAAAUUUGGUAAGCUACGUCCGUAGCGUGAUAAUUACCAAUUAAAUUGCAAUCAAAUUAAAAGAGAUAGAUUUCUAAAGAAAGGACUUAAAAUCAUAAAAAUGAAAAAAAAUUAAAAAAUCUUCUAAACUUCAGCACCUUGUAUUUUAAAACCACAAAAUUUCGGUGCCCAUAUUUAUAUGAAGUUUUCUUCUCGUCUUUACCGAAACAACCUUCUUAAGUGAACGCGGUUGGGAAACACCCCUAUAUAAAAACUAAAAUGUUAGUAACCGUGUCUAAGAAAGAUCCGACAUAGAUAAAUUAAUGAAAUUAGUGUUAAGAACUUUGUAAAUAAAACUCAUAAGUGAUCGGCCAAGGUGGGAUAAUAUAGUUACCAAAUAUUUAAAAUAAAAAUAAGAAAUAUUUUUAAAAAUACAAUGGAAAAAAAUUGCUGAACUUCUGAACACUUUUACUCUUAUUGAGUAUUGAGUUAUUAAGUACCUUGUACAGACAGAUAGUACAGUUUUUUAACGAUAGUUGCGAUUUAGCCAGUAAACAAACGUUAAAAAUAUUUAAUGUGAAUAUCGAUUAAAUUUAAAUAAACAAAAUGUUUUGGUUUUAUGUCGCAUUCACCCGAUUCAGUUUUCUUGACAUUUUUACAGGGUGCCUAAUACAAAAAUAUUUCUAGUCAUAUCUGUUAGGGGCGAAAAUGUCAAGAAAUCUGCCGAAUAGUCACUAUGAUCUAUAUCUAGCUAGAAUAAGUGUUCCACUGCCAUAUGUAUAAAUACCAUCGACCAUAUGUAUCGGAAUAAAUAAUGUGGAAGUA